CUCGCUGGACGCCUGAGGCAAAUACCCUGCCUCGCAUGGCUGCGCCUCACCCCUUGUGAGGUGCACAACAGCUGGCUCGCGGGCAUGCACCUGAACUUCUGUAAAUAGAAGCGCUAUACAAUUCUAUCCCGGCCAUGAUGCUCUGGGGGUGUAACAACGACAAGACAUGAUCGACAAUUGCCCGAGGCCAGUCGUCUCAGCCAGGUUUGUGAGUAAUGUGGUGUUUCAUCGACAGCGAAGUAGGCGCACCCCCACAAUUCCCAGUUGGCUGCCCGGUUCCGGCCCCCGAUCUCGAGUCAGUCGUAGGGGUAGUGGUACUGUGGUAGUAGUCGUGCAGGACAACUUCUGGAAGAUCCCAACCACGAGUCUAUCCAAACAGACCAAUCAACUCCCAAGUCAAUGGGCUCCAUUCGGGCAACUACUACGGGCAAGAUCGUCGAGUAGUCCCGCACCCACUAUCUACCUAGAAGCUACCUACCUAUCUAAACACUACUAUUACUCUGCCGGCAGGAUCCGUCCCGUCAGUGCCUCUGUCCAUUCCAGUCCGAGACGGAGCGAGUCGAUAACCACGCAAUGCUCCAUCAAGGGCCUUCUCACCAGUGAGAGUAGUCCAAGCAAAACGCGUGGUGGGGUCCCUCCAUACCAACCGCGAUGUUGAUCACCAUGGGAUCUCAACCCGUCAAGUCCAACAAGGCAGAGUGGCAGUGUGCAAGCUCGACAGUGGGCCAUGGAGCCGGUGGAAUGUGAAACGGCAGCCGGAAUAUGGAGCGCAUCCACCAUCAGUUGACUCCAAUCGAAUACCAAGGAGUAUCGUGGUCACGGCAGCACAUCGACCCGACUCCAUCUGAACUCCCUAGCUAUCUAUCUACUAGGUUCUAGG